AUGAUGUUAAAAGCUUUCAUAUUUGCUCUCUUAGCUUUGACCUUAUUAAAAACCAUUUUAGCCUGCAACGGUUACAAAGUGAAACUAUUGAAAGCUGAGAACUGUGCUGGUGACGAUGCUGUAAUAAAAAUUGGAGAAAAUUUUAACAUAAAAUUGAAUAAAAAGUGCGAAUUAAUUCCGAAGGGAUGUGUAGCGUACAAGGCUUUCAAUAGCGCCUUAGCUCGGUACAAAGUUAAAAAAGAUGGUGUUUUGGUUAAAGAUGACAUGACUGAUUUAUGCUCUAAGGUUCUAGAAGCCACCGCGGAAUAUAAAGAAAUGCUAAGCGUUUACGGAGCACCUAACAAAUGUCCAGUAGAGGAGGAAACUAUUUGUAACGAGGACAAAAAACUUAAUUUGUCCAAAUAUAAGAGUCUUUUAAAUAUCGCUCGGGGUCGUAUAAGCAUCAAUUCCACUGUAGAGCAUGAUACGGGAAAAUCAUGUUUACAUUUGGAUAUGGAAUUUACUAAAAAAUAA